CAGGCUCGGGGUCGGCCCGGCCUGCGCAUGGGUCUGCGAGCGCUCUGAUCGCCCCGGGCGCUGCGGGGCCCGGGCAGCGAAGGGAAAGAGGAGGAGGAGGAGGAGGAGAACAACGCACGCAGCCGGCGCCAGUGGAGCUAACAAAGCCCCAUCGGUCCACAGCGAGGGGGAGGAGUACGGCCGAGGCGAGCCAGCCGGCGCCUCCACGCUGGGUGCGUAGCCCCCGGCCACAGUGCCUUUCGGCAGAAGCCGGCGCGGCCGGGGCUGCCGCGGCCAGACGGAUGCCAAGGCCACUCGACAGGCGCGGGGGCAGCCGCUGCAGUCGCCGCCUCGCGCGGGCUCCGGACAUCAGGGGCUGCUGAUGAAGUGACUGAGAAGAACCAGUGAACACGCUCAUUUUGUAGACAGGACACCAUGGACCAGCCCUUUACUGUGAAUUCUCUGAAAAAGUUAGCUGCUAUGCCUGACCAUACGGAUGUUUCCCUCAGCCCGGAGGAGCGGGUCCGAGCCCUAAGCAAGCUUGGAUGUAACAUCACCGUCAAUGAAGACAUCACUCCGCGCCGCUACUUCCGAUCCGGAGUCGAAAUGGAGAGGAUGGCAUCUGUGUAUCUGGAAGAAGGAAACUUGGAAAAUGCCUUUGUUCUUUAUAAUAAAUUUAUAACCUUGUUUGUGGAAAAGCUCCCCAGUCAUCGAGAUUACCAGCAAUGCGCAGUGCCCGAAAAGCAGGACAUUAUGAAGAAACUGAAGGAGAUUGCAUUUCCAAGGACAGAUGAAUUGAAAAAGGACCUUUUAAAGAAAUAUAACGUAGAAUACCAAGAAUAUAUGCAAAGCAAAAACAAAUAUAAAGCUGAAAUCUUAAAAAAACUGGAACAUCAGCGAUUGAUAGAGGCGGAAAGGAAGCGGAUCGCCCAGAUGCGCCAGCAGCAGCUGGAAACAGAGCAGUUUCUGUUUUUCGAAGAUCAGCUCAAGAAGCAAGAAUUAGCCCGAGGUCAGCUGCGGAGCCAGGAAACCCCUGUGCUGUCGGAGCAGGUUGAUGGCCAUGCCUUGUCCUGCUUUUCCACCCACCAGAACAAUUCCUUGCUGAAUGUAUUUGCUGAUCAACCUAAUAAAGGUGAUGCAACCCAUUAUGCGACCCACUCCCCGCCAGUCAACAGGGCCUUAAAGCCAGCUGCUACUCUAAGUGCUGUUCAGAAUUUAGUGGUUGAAGGACUACGAUGUGUCGUUUUAUCAAGAGAUCUUUGCCACAAAUUUCUGCUGCUGGCAGAAUCUAAUACCGUGAGAGGGAUAGAAACCUGUGGAAUACUCUGUGGAAAACUGACGCACAAUGAAUUUACUAUUACCCACGUGAUCGUGCCAAAGCAGUCUGCAGGACCAGACUACUGUGAUGUGGAGAAUGUAGAGGAGCUGUUCAGUGUUCAGGAUCAGCACAAUCUCCUCACCCUGGGCUGGAUCCACACACAUCCAACCCAAACUGCGUUCUUAUCCAGCGUUGAUCUUCACACCCACUGCUCCUAUCAGCUUAUGUUGCCAGAGGCGGUCGCCAUCGUGUGUUCACCAAAGCAUAAAGACACCGGCAUCUUCAGGCUCACCAGCGCCGGCAUGCUGGAGGUCUCCACCUGCAAGAAGAAAGGCUUCCAUCCGCACACCAAGGAGCCCAGGCUGUUCAGCAUAUGCAAACAUGUGUUGGUAAAAGACAUGAAAAUCACUGUGCUGGACCUGAGGUGAUAUGUUCUGAAGAUGAGCACCGUCAUCACCAGGCACCUGCCUAUGGACAGGUGUUUGCUGGAUUUUCUUAAGAUGUUUCCAGAAAUGACUGAUAUUUUAUAUUUAUACAUUUUAGAUCAGAAAGUUUGAUAUUUAUUGCUCUUGCACAUUUUGAAGUUUUCUUUUGGGGUUGCUCUGUCUCAAGAGUGGUCACAAUGAUGUUGAAUCAAUACUUAUUAAUGAACCCAAAUACUAUGGCCAGAUAAUAAAUUGUGCUGCAAACAA